UAGCCAAAGGUGGCACCUUGGCGCUCUGACCCUGGUCUACCAAAGCUGGCUCUUGGGACCUGGAACGUCACCUCUCUGGUGGGGAAGGAGCCUGAGCUUGUGAGUGAGGUUGAGAGAUACCAGCUAGAUGUAAUUGAGUUUUCACAACACACAGAAUGGGCUCUGGAACCAAUCUCCUCGAGAGGGUCUGGACUUUUUUCUACUCUGGAGAUGCCCAUGGUGAGAGGGGCCAAGCUGGUGUGGGUCUACUUUUGCCCCCGCGACUUGGUGCCUGUGUUGGAGUUUACCCCAGUAGAUAAGAGGGUAGCUUCCCUGCACUUCUGGUUGGGGGGACAAGCUCUGACAGUCAUUUGUGCUUGCGUGCCAAAUGAUUGCUCGUUGUACCCAGCCUUCUUGGAGUCCUGUGUAUGUGUUGUAUCAUCAAGUCAUGUGACAAACUGUGUUAGGUUCUGAGCAAACAAGCUCCUCCAUCCAUGAGAGAUGUAAAACUAGCAGCAGUUUUCUAUGGUUUGAGGGGGUUUUGACUGUAGUGUCUUGAUGUUUUCAGUGUUUGUUGCUUCAGGUUGUGUUUGAGCUGAAAGUGUCUAACAGAAACCUGAGCAGAUGACUCUGUGAUAUUUCUGUGACCAAAUGUGAUCAGCAGCCACUGAAGUCUUCAAAUGUUUUGGCUGAAGCCCUGAGAAAAGAAAUGUAGCUGACCUUAUUUCUUCCCUGCAGGUCUAGUCCUGGAGUGACCUGUUGCUGUUCCUCUGCUGCAAACACAAAUCCAACAUGGCUGUCUCUGAAGCGGACCUGGAGGACUACAGUCUUUACAGUCACAUGUCAGAUGAUGAGCUCUUACAGAUUGCUGUGGAAAGAAGUCUCACUGACAAACACAAUCACCCAGGAUCAUCAUCAAUGCUGUCUGCUCUGACUCCAGAACAGACACACGUGAGUCCAGAUCAACCCAAACACCCUCUGCAAGUACCCCCGUUUCAAUCCCAAGAACCAACACAUGUCCCUAACUCUGCAAACCCUCCAACGGCCCUGUCCCAGUUCCUUUACAAGGCCUCCAACAGCGAGUGCAGCCCCCUCCUGUCCAUCAUCAAGAACGGAGACGCUGAAGCUCUGAUGGAUCUGGUCAGACAAAGGUCCAGCAGCCUGACUGAGCCCAACGAUGAAGGCUGGAUCGCUCUUCAUGAAGCUGCUUAUUAUGGACAGCUGCAGUGUGUUCGGGUCCUGAUCAGAGCUGAUCCCGGCUCAGUGAACAAAUGCACUCUGAAGAAGCAAACAGCUCUGCUGCUCGCUGCUCUACGAGGAAACGUUUCCUGUGUGGAAUUUCUGCUGAAGCAUGGAGCCAAUGUAAAUGCUGCCAACAAGGACCGAGAGACGCCUCUGUUCACAGCCUGCGAGAAUCCAAACGAAGAUGUUGUAGACUUGCUACUGGCGCAUGGAGCUCAGGUGAAUCUCACUUGCAGGCAGGGAGGAAGUGCUCUUCAUGAAGCCUGCAGAUGUGGGCGACCAAAUCUCUGCCAAACGUUACUGGAUGCUGGAGCAAAUGUGAAAACUAAAAACCUUUACAACAUUCAGCCGUUCUUCACUGCUGCACAGCACGGACACACAGAAAUCCUCCAGCUGCUUGCUCAGAGAGGUGCUGAUAUAAACGGGCCUGCAGGAGAUGGUGCGACGCCUCUGUAUGAAGCCUGUAAGAACGGUCAUGUUGGGGCUGUGCAGACCCUGCUGGACCUCAAAGCUGAUCCCAAUCAAGCCACAAAGUCAGGCUUGCUGCCUCUUCAUGUGGCUGUAAAGAACAAUCACCAACGAAUCGUGCAGCUCCUGAUCCCUGUCACCAGCAGGGUUAGAGUGCAAAGCUGUGGCAUCAGCCCUCUGCACAUCGCUGCAGAGAAGAACAGGGAUGACAUCAUGGAGCAGAUGAUUGAGUCAGGCUUUGAUGUAAACGCUGAGCUGUCAGACGAACGCUCCAAGAUGUACAUGGACCGGCGGACCACAGCGUUGUACUUCUCUGUCUUCAACGGGAACCUGGAUAUUGCUGAGAUGCUCCUGCAAGCUGGAGCCAACCCCAACUUGGACACGUUCAACCCUCUUCUCAUCGCUGUCCGGCUUGGAAGGAAGGAUCUAGCAGAGCUGUUGGUGAGGUAUGGUGCUGACGUCAAUGCUCAGAUGUCCACACAGCCGUCAUCAUUCCCAUCAGCCAUCCUGCUCAGCAUGGAUUCUCCAGCUGUUCUCAAACUUCUGCUUGACAAUGGCUGCGAUGCCAGACUCUGCUUCGACUGUACGUAUGGCCUGAAACCACAUCCAGUUAUUGCACAGUCACGGCGACCCAUAGAAGAACUUCGGAUUAAUGAACACAUGCCGGCGCAGCACUGCAUCCAGUACUGUGAAGCCAUCUCUAGCUCAUCCAUCAGCCAGAUAUCAGGUCCCAUAAUCUCGAUGCUGUUGGACUACGUCGGUCAUGUCCAACUCUGCUCUCGACUGUUGGAGAUCCUGGACAGUCGCAGUGACUGGACGCCCAUCAAACUGAAAGCUUUUCCUCCUCAUCCUCUGAUGCAGCUCUGCAGACUGAAGAUUAGGUACCUAGUCGGAGUCCAACGGCUCAGACUGAUCCACACUCUGCCACUUCCUGUCCGACUCAUUUCCUUUCUGCGCUAUGACAUGCAGUGUUCUCUCACCUGAAACCUGCUGAUGAACUGAAAACUUGCUAGUGAAUUUUUACCUGAUUGUGAGUUCUUUUAGUAUUUUGUUUUUCUACUGUUCUGUUUACUUCGUUUUGUUGUCCGUUUGUCUUUUCUUCAUAUUGUUGUUCAGCACUUUUGGCAGUGUGCCUGAAACAUGCUAACCCUGAAGCUCAAUCAAAGGCCUAGCAUUCAUCCAGGUCAUGUUAAAUCCAAAGAAAUGGUUAAAAAACAAAACAAAACUGGACUUUUAUUCUAUGGCUGAAGAUGUUUUAGUUCCCAUCCUGUAGGGUUAAUCAAUUAAAAUAAUGUCUGGAGUGGUGUGCAGUUCCAAGCUUUAUAGACCUGCCUGAAAGGCCUCAUUAGUGCCUUCAUAGAUUAACCAGGAACUACUCACCCCUAACAGUGGAGAGUGGCUAGGCUUUUUGUUUGCCUGCCUCACAAAGAGAUAUUGUGGCCACAUGCAUGAAAGUGUGAAUUCAAGUAAAACCGACUGGGAAUCAGGCUUGAUGAAGUCUGAGAGGUUGUUGAAAGUUGAAAUCUGAGAACAUCUCCUUUGUUUAAAGUUGUUUUAUUUUGUUUGACAUAAAUGUCUUCUUUAAAAUCAUCUGCCUAAAGUAUGAACAUGUUGGUCCUCAAAAAAGUGACUCUUUGUCUGCAUCAAUGCAUGCCAGUGUUUAAAAAAAGAU